UAGUGCCAGUCUUCUCCUCGUAGUGAAGGCGGCAUCAAUUUCUGAAUUAAUUACCAUUUGUCGCGAAACUGCGCGUCCUCUAUCUUUUCUAGACCUAAAUCUCUAAUCUUAUCCCUGCUUGUGUUAAAUAGUGUUCUAAAUGGCUUCAGAUGAUGAAGUAGACGGUUCAUUUGCAGGCGACGAGGACGUGGAGGAAGGUGAAGGUCAGAAUGAAAAUUCUGGGGAAAGUGAUGAAGCACCACCUAAGGAGGAUGAUGAAUACUCUCCAGAAGAUGCCAGAAAGAAGAAGAAGGGUAAGAAAAGAAAGGCCCGUGGAGAAGACAAAAAGGGCAGAAAGAAAAAGAAGAAGCGAAAGAAUGAAAGUGAAGAUGACGACGAGUUUGGGUUGGAGAUUGAAGCGGAAGGUGACAGUGACUAUGCGCUAAGCGCUAUGACAAGCAAGAAAUCGCGCAAGGGCCGCGGCAGCAGGCACAACACUACGCCCUCUACACCUGCCGCUUCUGACUCUGGCUCUGGCAUGCCGACAGUGGAGGAAGUUUGCUCCUCGUUCGGACUCACGGACGUAGACAUCCAGUACACGGACGCGGACCUCGAGAACUUGACGUCCUACAAGCUUUUCCAGCAGCAUGUCCGGCCGUUGCUGGUUAAAGAAAAUCCAAAGGUGCCAGUAUCGAAACUGAUGAUGCUGGUGGCCGCAAAAUGGCGGCUGUUCUGCGAGACCAACCCGAACCUGGGCGGCGGCUCCAACAUGGGCUCCGAGGAGAACACCAACACGUCCACGGCCUCCGACUACGUGCCCAAAGCUAGGGCUGGACGCCCGCCUAAGGAACCAAAGAACGAGGACACAGUGGAGGAGGUGGAGGAGGACGAGGAGGAGGCGGACAGCGACGGCGGCACGCCCGCGCCGCGCAAGCGCGGCCGCAAGGCCAAGCACGGCCCGCGCGGCAAGCCCGGCCGCAAGCCUAAAGUGCCCACGCUCAAGAUCAAGUUCAGCAAGCGCAAGCGGACCAGCAGCAUCCAUUCAUCACAGGAGGAGGACCCGGAGGGUAGCGCGGGGGCCAACUCGGAGUCGGACGCGGAGUUCGAGCAGAUGCUCGCCGAGGCCGAGGAGCCCCAGCCGCCGCCGCCGCCCGCCGCCGCCGCCGCCGCCGCCGCCGCCGCCGCCGACGACGCCGCGCAGCCCGCGCCGGACGGCACGCCGGCGCCCAAGAAGAAAGCCAAGACCAAGAUUGGUAACAAGAGCAAGAAGAAGAGGAACAAGCUCAAGACCACCAACAAGUUCCCCGACGGCGCGGAGGGCGAGCAGGAGCACCAGGACUAUUGCGAGGUGUGCCAACAAGGCGGCGAGAUCAUCCUUUGCGACACGUGCCCGCGCGCCUACCACCUGGUGUGCCUGGAGCCCGAGCUGGAGGAAACGCCCGAGGGCCGCUGGUCGUGCCCGCACUGCGAGGCCGAGGGCAACCAAGACCAGGAAGACGAUGACGAGCAUCAGGAGUUCUGCAGAAUUUGCAAGGACGGCGGCGAGCUGCUUUGCUGCGACUCAUGCCCGUCGGCUUACCAUCGCUUCUGUCUCAACCCACCGCUGGAGGAGGUGCCGGACGGGGAAUGGAAAUGUCCGCGGUGCAGUUGUCCUCCAAUAGAUGGCAAAGUAAACAAGAUCCUAACAUGGCGCUGGAAGGAGCACUCGGCCAAGUCCAAGGCGCCGCGCGAACGGGAGUUCUUCGUCAAGUGGUUCGAACGCUCCUACUGGCACUGCAGCUGGAUCUCGGAACUGCAGUUGGACGUGUUCCAUCCACUGAUGUAUCGCUACUACAUGCGCAAAUACGACACGGAGGAACCGCCGAAGCUAGAAGAGCCCCUCGAUGAACAAGAUGGCCGAUACAAGCGCAUCAAGAGCAAGCAGGGCCAGGAUUCAGACGAGAAGGCACUAGAGGAGAAAUACUACAGAUACGGCGUGAAGCCGGAGUGGCUGAUCGUGCACCGCGUGAUCAACCACCGCACGAGCCGCGACGGCACUACGUACUACCUGGUGAAGUGGCGCGACCUGUCCUACGACCAGGCCACCUGGGAGUCCGAGCACGCCGACAUCGUGGGCCUCAAGCAGGCCGUCGAGUAUUAUCAGGAUAUGCGUUCCUUCAUCACUUCGGAAGGCAAAUCGAAGGGAAGCAAAGGCAAGAAGGCCGGGCGCAAGAGCAAGACCCGCGACCCGAUCGACGACGACGAGAGCAGCAGUGGCCAGCAGGUGAAGGUGGCCGGCCACAAGUACUGCCCGCCACCCGACAAGCCUAUCACCAACCUCAACAAGAAGUACGAGGAGCAGCCGGCCUUCCUCUAUGAGACUGGCAUGCAGCUGCACCCCUACCAGCUCGAGGGGCUCAACUGGCUGCGCUACUCCUGGGGCCAGGGCAUCGACACCAUCCUCGCCGACGAGAUGGGGCUCGGCAAGACCAUCCAGACCGUCACCUUCCUCUACUCCCUAUUCAAGGAGGGCCACUGCAAGGGGCCGUUCUUGGUCUCCGUUCCUCUUUCCACCAUCAUCAAUUGGGAGAGAGAAUUCGAACUGUGGGCGCCGGACCUAUACUGCAUCACUUACGUCGGUGACAAGGAUUCGAGAGCGGUCAUUAGAGAGAACGAGUUGACGUUCGACGAUGGCGCUAAUAGAGGCGGCAGACCGUCAAAAAUUAAGUCUCAGGUCAAAUUUAAUGUCUUGCUCACUUCGUACGAAUUGGUUUCUAUCGACGCUACGUGUCUCGGCUCCAUCGACUGGGCCGUGUUAGUCGUCGACGAAGCCCACAGACUAAAGAGUAACCAGUCUAAAUUCUUUAGGCUGCUCGCCGGCUACCAUAUCAACUACAAACUUUUGCUCACCGGUACUCCCCUUCAGAACAACCUCGAGGAGUUGUUCCAUCUUUUGAAUUUCUUGAACAAGGACAAAUUUAACGAUCUCGCCGCGUUCCAGAACGAGUUCGCGGACGUUUCGAAAGAGGAGCAAGUCAAGAGGCUUCACGAAAUGCUGGGGCCGCAUAUGCUGCGACGACUUAAAGCCGACGUGUUGAAGAACAUGCCCACCAAGUCCGAGUUCAUCGUGCGCGUCGAGCUGUCUCCCAUGCAGAAGAAAUAUUACAAAUACAUUUUGACGAGGAAUUAUGAAGCUCUAAACCCGAAGAGUGGAGGUCAGACCGUGUCUCUGUUGAACGUGAUGAUGGAUUUGAAGAAAUGCUGCAACCAUCCUUAUCUCUUCCCCGUGGCAGCGGAAGAAGCGCCGCUAGGAACCCACGGAAACUACGACACGUCUGCUCUGAUCAAAGCUUCGGGAAAACUUGUUCUUUUGGCUAAAAUGUUGCAUAAACUCAAGGAGCAAGGCCACAGAGUUCUUAUUUUCUCACAGAUGACAAAAAUGUUGGAUAUCCUCGAAGACUUCUUAGAAGGCGCCGGUUACAAGUAUGAGAGAAUUGACGGUGGGAUCACUGGACCCACCCGUCAGGAAGCCAUCGAUAGGUUCAACGCUCCAGGCGCCCAACAGUUCGUGUUCUUGCUGUCCACGCGAGCAGGUGGUCUAGGUAUCAACUUGGCCACCGCCGACACUGUCAUAAUUUACGACUCCGAUUGGAAUCCUCACAACGACAUCCAGGCCUUCUCCCGUGCCCAUCGUAUCGGUCAAGCGAACAAAGUGAUGAUCUACCGCUUCGUCACGCGCAACAGUGUCGAAGAGCGAGUCACACAGGUCGCCAAGAGGAAGAUGAUGUUGACCCACUUGGUCGUACGCCCCGGCAUGGGCGGCAAAGGCGCCAACUUCACCAAACAGGAGUUGGACGAUAUUCUCCGAUUCGGUACCGAAGAGUUAUUCAAAGAAGAGGAGGGCAAAGAAGAAGCCAUCCAUUACGACGAUAAAGCCGUAUCAGACCUGCUCGAUCGAUCGAAGGAGGGUAUUGAAUCGAAGGAAUCGUGGGCUAACGAAUAUCUCAGUUCCUUCAAAGUGGCCAGCUACUCCACAAAGGAAGGUGAAAACGAGGAGGAAGUCGACACGGAAAUCAUCAAACAGGAAGCCGAGAACACCGACCCGGCGUACUGGAUCAAACUGCUCCGGCACCAUUACGAGCAGCACCAGGAAGACCAGGCGCGGACGCUCGGCAAAGGCAAGCGAGUGCGCAAACAGGUCAACUACAACGACGGCAGCGUCGCCCAAACAGAAAACAGGGAGGACUCGACGUGGCAGGAGAACGGCUCCGAUUACAACUCCGACUUUUCCCAGGGUAGCGAGGACGAUAAGGAGGAUGACGAUUUCGAUGAGAAGAAUGACAACGGAGAUCUGCUCAGUCGCCGCAGCAAGCGACGUCUCGAGAGACGGGAGGAGCGCGACCGACCGCUGCCGCCGCUGCUCGCUCGCGUCGGAGGAAACAUGGAAGUCCUCGGCUUCAACGCUCGCCAGAGGAAGUCCUUCCUCAACGCCAUCAUGCGAUACGGCAUGCCGCCCCAGGACGCGUUCAACUCGCAAUGGCUAGUGCGCGAUCUCCGAGGCAAAUCCGAGAGGAACUUCAAGGCCUACGUGUCGCUGUUCAUGCGGCAUCUGUGCGAGCCCGGCGCGGACAACGCGGAAACGUUCGCCGACGGCGUGCCCCGCGAGGGCCUGUCGCGGCAGCACGUGCUCACGAGGAUCGGCGUCAUGAGCCUGAUAAGGAAGAAGGUGCAGGAGUUCGAGCACAUCAACGGGUACUACAGCAUGCCGGAGCUGAUCCGCAAACCGGUGGAGCCGGUGAAGAUCGCGGGAGCCGCCGGCGAGAGCGCCGCGCCCAGCCCCGCGCCCUCCACCGCCACGCCCGCCACCUCCGCCGCGCCCUCGCCCGCGCCGGCGGCGGCAGCGGCACCUGCCGCCGACAAGGACAAGGACGAGGCGCCCAAGGAGGAGAAACCCGACAAGGAACCUAAAGACGAGCCGAUGGAUACCAGCGAUAAGGAGGAGCGCGAGAAAUCCGCAGAAAAGGAGACUCCGAAAGAGGAGCCGGCCGAGGCUAAACCCGAGCCGGAGCGUCGCAUGUCCGUCGACGAGGAGCCUCCCAAGGAGGAGGAGAAGAAGGAGGAGGUUAAAGAGGAGGCUCAGGAGGAGGCCGAGAAGGAGAAGCCCAAGGAGGAGCCCAAGGAGGACGAUAAGAAGGAGGAGGACAAGAAGAGCGAGAAGGCGGACUCCGAGGCCUCCGAGAAGCCGAGCAAAGAUGAGAAGAAGGAUGACGACGAUGAUGAUGUCGUGCUGGUCAAGGAGGAGGACGAUCUCAAGGUGGAGCGACGCAAGUUCAUGUUCAACAUCGCCGACGGCGGGUUCACGGAGCUGCACACACUGUGGCUGAACGAGGAGCGCGCCGCCGCGCCCGGCCGCGAGUACGAGAUCUGGCACCGCCGCCACGACUACUGGCUGCUCGCCGGCAUCGUCACGCACGGCUACGGCCGCUGGCAGGACAUACAGAACGACCUGCGCUUCGCCAUCAUCAACGAGCCCUUCAAGAUGGACGUCGGCAAGGGAAACUUCCUUGAGAUCAAGAACAAGUUCCUUGCGAGGAGGUUCAAGCUGUUGGAACAAGCGCUGGUAAUCGAGGAGCAACUGAGGCGAGCGGCGUACCUGAACUUAACCCAGGACCCGAACCACCCCGCCAUGUCGCUGAACGCGCGCUUCGCCGAGGUGGAGUGCCUCGCCGAGUCCCACCAGCACCUCAGCAAGGAGUCGCUCGCGGGCAACAAGCCGGCCAACGCCGUGCUGCACAAGGUGCUGAACCAGCUGGAGGAGCUGCUGUCCGACAUGAAGUCGGACGUGUCGCGGCUACCGGCCACGCUGGCGCGCAUCCCGCCUGUGGCGCAGCGCCUGCAGAUGUCGGAGCGCUCCAUCCUGUCCCGCCUCGCCGCCACCGCCGGCAACCCCGUGCCCGCCGCUCAAAUGGCGGCGUUCCCGGCCGGGUUCGCGGCGACGGGCGCGCUGCCGGGCUUCGCGCCGGCGGCGGCGGCGGCGGCCAACUUCGCCAACUUCCGCCCGCAGUACUCCGUGCCCGGCCAGCCCGCCAGCGCCAACUCCAGCUCCAGCAAAUCAUAAACCCGCGUAACUUAUCCACCGCAAUCGAAUUGGCCAACUUCAGUGAGCAAAUUAUGGUCGAAUAGAUGAAUAUUCUAGAUGUAAGCUUUCCUGUUCCAUGUUGGGUUGAAGUGAUAACUAUAGUGAUUAGUGCAUUAUGCGUUAGGUAACAUAUUUUAUGGCGUUUUGACAGACUCACAAUACUAUUUAUUUCAUCCUGACCUGUAUGAUGUCGAUAAUAUUAUAUUAUGUAAUAAGUGAUUGUGGAUUUUUUGUUUUAUGAAUUCAUUAUUUUUGAUUUACCAAAAAUGAGAAAUGAAUAAAUCAUAUUAUUAAGUGA